UAUAUUUUUUUUUUACAGAUAGGAGUGAUUUUGUAGGUGGUAUUGACAACGAAGCAUUGGAUUUCAGUCAUUUGACUGACGAGUUCAUUCAAAAUAAUAAUACAGAAGCCAAUCAAUUCUUUCAUGAAACCGUCGACCAAAACGAUCACGUGAUGGUUCGAAUAAACACACCAUAUCAACAAGAACCACCUCAGCUUUUCUUGAAAAGCGCAUCGAUACCGCCGAUCGCCGACUUGUCAUUCCACAGUAAUACUGUUUUGUCCAAUGCCAGUUUGCCUAGUAAGCCUGUCAAGGAUAAGUCACACAACUACACCAACAGGCACAACUUACCAGAAAGUCCGCCAGACUCCGAGCCACCAUAUUCGCCGGCCGAUGGCGUUGGCCAAUCUCCACAUCGAAGAACGCCUAAUUUGCAAUGUCUCAUAUCGGCCAACAAGGGCCAAAUACCAAUGAACCCCGUAACUACUGGGCUCUAUCAGAAACAACCCGUAACCACUAAAAUUCCACACCCGUUGUCCGUCCAACCUUUGUUGAUAAACCAACCUGGAUCGUCGUCUCACGUCACACAUUUAGAUUUUAAUCAAAUGCCACCUAACGCGAGGGAAAUCGAAAUACCCGAACCCGAAUACACGGACUUGUUGAACGUAGCUGUGACGGAAAAGAAGCGAAAACUUUGUGCGGACAUUAUUGGAGGAAGUACCGGUGGUAGCAACGUCCGUGUCAAAAAAGAAACCGAAAAUUGCGUGAAAAAACCCAUAACUCACGUGUCACCGUCGGGAAGAUCGGUCUGUAGUGAAGACAGCUACACGUACCAGGAUAGCUGCGAGUCGGGUUUGUAUAACGACACGAGUUUUCAGUGUAUCCGUUUCCAACCAUUCCAAGAAUCGUCAUGGAACACUCUGUGCGAUCAUUCUUUAAAGGAACUGCCAAUACCACAUUAUAGAGUGGAUGCAGAUAAAGGCUUUAAUUUUUCCAACGUCGACGACGCAUUUGUGUGUCAAAAGAAAAAUCAUUUUCAGAUCACAUGUCAUACACAACUGCAAGGUGAUGCACAGUUCGUAAGAACCACUGAAGGAAUUCAUAAAGUUGGCAGUUUCCAUUUACACUUUUACGGUGUUAAGGUGGAAUCGCCUGGUCAAACAAUUAAAGUAGAGCAGUCUCAGAGUGACAGAAGCAAAAAAGCGUUUCACCCAGUCUUGCUAGACUUGCGCGAAGAACAAGUGUCCAAGGUGACGGUGGGCCGAUUGCAUUUCAGCGAGACCACUUGCAACAACAUGAGGAAAAAAGGAAAACCGAACCCGGACCAGAGGUACUUUUACCUGGUGGUGGGCCUGCACGCGCACUGUAUCAACGACCACGACUAUCCGAUCGUCUCGUACGCGUCCGAGCGGAUAAUUGUCAGGGCUUCGAAUCCGGGCCAGUUCGAGAGCGAUGCGGAACUGUGCUGGCAACGGGGCACCACGCCAGAGUCGAUUGUCCACACUGGCAAGGUGGGCAUCAACACGGACCGGCCGGAUGAGGCGCUGGUCGUCCAUGGAAACGUCAAGCUCACGGGACACAUAAUUCAACCGUCGGAUAUUAGGAUCAAACAACACAUACAAAAAUGCGACACAAGUGAGCAGCUGCGCAACGUGCAGAAAAUAAACGUAGUUCAUUUUAGCUACAAACCGGAAUUUUCGUCGUUGUUCGGGUUGUCUCUAAAGGAAGCUGACACCGGGAUCAUAGCACAGGAGGUGCAAGCCGUCUUGCCAGAAGCCGUCACCAACGCCGGUGGCAUAGCGCUGCCCAACGGAAUUGUGUACGACGACUUUUUGGUCGUGAACAAAGAUCGGAUCUUCAUGGAAAAUGUUGGAGCUGUAAAAGAACUGAGCAAGAUCACCACCCAUUUGGAAGCUAGAAUAAGCGAGCUCGAACAGGACCACAAGCGUUGUUUACUGUUAGCAGACAAUCAUCCUGGUAUAGCGCUAUCGGAUUUAACCACCACGACCUAUUCUAGCAAGCACAACGAUUACGAUUUCAGUGUCGAAAAACGUAAACUGUUAAAGCCAACGAGUUCGAGUGAUGUCAACUGUGGGAAAUUUGUGCAAAUCUCCAUUAUCUCUCUUACUGUGGUUAUCGCGAGUUGCUUGGUUUUCAUAACUGGACUAUUUUUUAUGGAACACCAUUACAGAAAUCAACUCACAUUCACAAGCGAACACGAGCUUAUCGUCAAACCGUUAAAUAUAAAUGCAAUUCAGGCCCACGAGAGUGUUGUUCAGCCGAAGGACACCGGUCAAUUACCGUUGGAAAUAGACGGGUUUUUCGACAAAGACAAACAUUUGACCUGCAUGCGGCUUAAUCGACUUGUAACCAACAGCAGGAGUUGUGAAUACGACAAGAUCAAAACGAAAAUUAAUAAAAUCACCGAUAAAAAAAAGGAAGAGAGCAAAAAUGACGAAGAGUUCAUUAGUUUUAUCGUCAAAAUCGACCGUGUAAUUGACAUCGUGUACAAGGACGUAACGAUCGGCGUGUAUGGCAGUUACAGCAACUUUACGACGGAAGCCAACAUGACGGACGAAUGUGGCCGGUCGGAACUUCUCCAACAAUGUAGCGACAAGUCGCUGUUCGUGUACGGGUUCCAACUUCCGGUCACCAAACAACUUACCGACUAUUUUAUAAGCGUAUCUUAUCGCAUAAGCAAAGGCAGCCUGAACAGUUGUCCGACCAGCAUGUCCGUGUCGACGACUUGUCCGUCGGACCCGUACACCAGUCUGUGGGCGCUGAACGGCACUCGGCGGAAUCCGUCAGAAACAUCAUACGAUUGGCAGACCGACAAGUAUUCAGUUUCUGAAGACUCGGAAUCGGUCACCGUAAUCGUCCGGUACAAGCCGUGGUCGUACGAAAAGUUGAAGGGGUCAUGCAGGUCACCGGAAGACAAACGGACCUUGGCCAUCGUCGAGUACACCAUCUCUCUGCACAAGGAUUUCAGCGAGAUCUUGUAAACCAUUAUUAACAUAAUGAUAUAUUAUAAUGUACCUACCCAAUAAAUCUGCGAACAUGGCGAUGGAGUGAUCGAAGACGAGACGGAAAUAAUUUGCGAAGCAGUUUAAUCCGUGGUCGUGCCUGCGCGGGAUGUUGGGAAACUAUUAUAAAUAUUGCAGUCUAUAUAAUUUUUGAAUUUUAAUUCUUCGUUUUUAUUCUAUUCGGUAUCGACCGCGAUUCUUUGAACCAUAGAUUUAAGUAUUCGUUUUAUCCAUUAUUGUAACUAUUUAAAAAAAAAAAUGUUUGGUCAACGGCGCCGUGUAAAUUUGAUCGAUUUUGUGAUUUUGUUGCACUUGUCGGACACAUUGCACGUCGGUCUAUUUACCUUCACACAUUGUACCUUUUGCUCACCUUAGUGGUUUAAAAUUAUAUAUUAUUAAAUAAGGUGCCUAACGUAACACGCACCCUUUUUUCGUCUUAACAGUGUUAUUAUACAUUAAAAUACAUUUUAAAAAUAACAAUGAUAGCUAUUUACUCAGUAUAUUUAUUCGAGCAUAUUAUAAUAAUAUGUAUAAUAUAGAUGGCGUGUUUCUUUUAAUCGAUAGAGUUCGCACAAAAUAAUGGCCAUAUAGGUACAAAAAAUAUUGAUUUUGUUAUUUAUCUUUUACUAUAAUAUAUUAUAUUAUAUAAUAAAUAUAAAAUACAGUUUGACAAAACGAACAUUGAUAAAUCGUGUGUUGUAGCGAAGGAGGCGUUUAUCUACAAUUAUUAUUAUUAUAGUAUAUUAAAAUAAAUUUAUUAUUAUUAUGUUUA